GCCAUAUUCGUUGCCGUUGGCGUGCUUUUCUGUCGCCGACAAAAACAACCGUACUUUGCGCGUUUUACGCUGCGUUUUCCAUUUGGGUUUGUCCUUGUUGUGCUGUGACUAUUUGUACGGCAAAUGCGGAUUAUGCUUAUUAUGUGACGAGCACAAACGUGUGAUCGCUGGAACCCUAGAGGUGCUCAUCGGUUCGGUGAAGAAUUGAAGUGCGAUUGAAGCCAGCGGUCAAGCGCUAUCCGGUGAGCCAUGAGUGACGAGUUCCAGCAACAGUUAGAACUGGAGAAGGCUGAAAAGGAACGCCAGCAGUCCGGCAGUUCCGAUCCCUACACUUACGUGGAUCCCAACGACGGCACGGUUUACGAGUGGGACCACGAUAAACACGCUUGGUUUCCAAAGCUGACUGAGGACUUCCUGGCCGCUUAUCAAGCAAACUAUGGCACAGCUGCGGGGACGCCCUCCGAAGGUGCCGGUCACACCAGUGGCUCAAGCCAAGUGGCUGCCAUCCCCGAGAAAGCAGCUGCCCCUGGAGUGAAUCCUUCUGAGCAACUAAACCCAAAGAAGCCAGACAAAGGAAAGCCAGCUGAACCAGGCUGGUUUGAGAUUGACGAUGCCCACAACACCCGGGUGUAUGUCAGCAACCUGCCAGAUGACAUCGACGAGGAGGAGUUCCUGGAGAUUAUGAGCAAGUGUGGCCUGGUGAUGAAGGACGAGAAGGGCCAGUUCAAGAUCAAGCUGUACCGCAGUUCCGACGGCCAGCUCAAGGGGGACGCCCUCUGCUGCUACAUCAAGGUGGAGUCGGUGGAGCUGGCACUUCGCAUCCUGGAUGGGUACCGCCUGCGGGACAAAGAGAUCCGUGUGGAGCGGGCUCGCUUCCAGCUCAAGGGUGCCUACGACCCGACGAAGAAGCCUAAGAAGAAGAAGCAGGCCUCCAAAGACAAGGAGCGACUCAAGAAGAAGAUUGAAAAGCUGUUUGAUUGGCGGCCGGAGAAGUUGCGGGGCAUGCGAGACAAGCACGAGUCCACCGUUGUCCUCAAAAACAUGUUUGGCCCGCAGGAGUUUGAGAAGGACCCCACCCUAAUUCUGGAGUACCAGAAGGACCUUCGUGAGGAGUGCGGCCAGUUUGGAGAGGUGAAGAAGGUGGUCGUCUAUGAUCGGCACCCUGAGGGCAUUGCCACAGUGACUUUCAAGGAACCUGAGGAAGCAGACGCCUGUAUCAGCAGAAUGAACGGACGGUGGUUCGCGCAGCGCCAGUUGGCUGCCGAGACUUGGGAUGGCCGAACUCGCUACAAGAUCUACGAGACAGAAGAAGAGCUUGAGGAGCGGCUGAAAAAGUGGGACGACUACUUAGAUGGAGAAGACGAGGAAAAGGCCAAAGGCAGCUCUUCAGACACGUCGGCUGCUCCAUCGUCAUCUGUAGCAAAGAGAGAGGCAGAAGACAGCGCAGAAGCCGAAAGUGGUGCCACCGCACAAAAGAGGCCUAAGACAACGGCAGACGACAGCACGGAGUGAAUGCUUUUCAGAUGAAUGGUGUGUUAUUAUGUUUUUGUGUACAUAGAGACGCUUAUUAUCUGGCUGUUAGUAAGUAAACAAGAAGGGACUUCAUUUUUUUUUUUUUUUUUGCAGUCAGGCAUGUUGGCUCUUGUUAGCCUGUAUUUGAAUGCGCAUAUUCUGGAUAAACUUUUUAAUACGUGUGUCUGCUGUAAAGCUGUGCACUGGAUGCUUCUAAUUUGUGUUUACCGAUUGUUGGUUUUUAUUAUAUGUGGCAGUGUUGAUAACAAUUAUCUUUGGAGUGAAGGAUUGGGGCAAAAGCACUGCAUGCAUUUGUUCCUUGGUACUGAUAGUACCCGACACCCCCAUAAAUGGCGUUCAAUAUGUGCAUUGACUUCCUGUGUUCAAAAUUUGUGGACAGCGUGCUUCGGACUACCAUGUAUAUGUUGAAUACACACUUUUCCUGUUAUGUUGCCUAAGAAAUGUUAGGCUAAAUCAUUCUAUAUUGUACACAUGGGUGGACACAGUUAUGGACUUUAGAGAAAAUGCAUGCUACUUAAGUUUGGUUCUUGAUGCAACCUCAUUCCGGAUGACAUGUCAGAAGGCAGCAAUGUAGUGAGAAACACUUGUACUAUUUUUUAAUUUCCCGUGGUCUUGGGCGUACGUUUCAGGCAAAAUGUGCAUAGUUUAGUACAUUCGUUGGCAUAGUUGCUAGGCCAGCAAGUCGUGUAACACAUUCAGCCUGCUAAACAUGCUCAACAUUUUCAAGUGAGGAUGUCAAGGAACGAACCAGUGCAUUGAUUUUUUGUUUGUGCCAUUCCUGUUGUACUUGCCAGCUACUACAGAGCAAGCAUCAGUGAUGUGGAGAUGGGUGAUAGCUUGAGACGGCUUUAUGUCAUUGGUCAUUCCUACGCCUAAUUUGUUGCUAGCAUUAGAGAAGUGAUUUUUAUGAAAUAACCCUCUCUUAGGGCCCUUGCUAUACUCCAGAUGUACAUAUACUAUGUGCAGAUGUGCAAAAAUUAAAUUAAAAUCUGUGGGGUUUUUUUCCCUCUUUUUAUGGAACUAUUAGUGAAGAAAAGCCAUGGCUUUCGACUGAAUUUAUAUUAUGCAUUCUUCUACUAGAAGAAUCGACAUAGGGGUUCAUUUUAAAUCUACAUGUGUGUUGGUAUGAAUGUCAAAGCUUUGAUAUAUUCAGGCUGGUGCAGAGGGACAAGAGACUGCAAGCUAAACAUUAGUGGCUGCUUUAAGUUCGGGCCACAGUGAAGACUUUCCCUGCUGUUGAAAUAAUGAGGGACCUGCGGUGUUUGUGACUCGAUAAUUGUUCUGAUUCCACUGAAAGAAAAUGUGUAGCCUAUGCUGAGGCUGCACAUGAGACAGAGUGACACCACUGGUAAUGAUGAAUGAGCUUCUACGCUGUUUGUUCAUUCGACUUGUCUUGCGCUUUGGGGACUAGUUCCUAUCAGUUAAAUGCCAGCCAGUUCUCUGCUUGUGUGGAAUGAGCCUAGCACCUCCAUUGCAAGCCAUGCGCUGUAUGUUUCAUUGAUUUACUGAUUGAUUGAUUGGAUUUAACUUGUCAAAGUAAGACCUGGGUUAGAAGACCUAGGAGUGGUCAGGAUUUAUUUUGACAACAUGGGGUUCCUAAACAUGCACGUGAAUCUAAACACACCAGCAUGUUUGCAUUGUGCCUCUAUAGGAAAGCGGCAGCUGGGAAUCCAAACUGCAACCACUUGCAGGAAGUGAUAGCCACGGAGCCACUGAGGUUGUUCGGCACUAUAUCUUCCUGAAGUGCAUGAAAGGUUGGAAGGUCAUUCCGCAUAUUGCCUGUGCUGUAUACAACAAAUGACAAUGUGCAGCACUUCUGUAGGCAGAUCAGAUGACAGAGACUUCAAUGAUAUCUGGCAGAGAUGGCCUGCAAUGCACUGGGCAAGCUGCUCUUAACAUUUCUAUGCGGCCUAAAAUGACGAAAAUUGUACCAAAUUUACAAGCAUUGCUCAGAUUGUAGAACUUUUUUUCCUGAACAGAAUGGUACCACUUUUUAAAUUCGGUAAAGUUGCUUUGUUUUCCCAAAUUGUGCGGAAAGAAGGUUUGAAGAAGGCUUCUCUGCACAGCACGGAGGUCUUGUGGCACAGCACCCUGUGGGAUGCGAUACAGUGAAAAAAAUAAUACAAAAAUAAAAUAAUCUAAACAGUGCGGAACACAUGUACUGUUCCUAAGUUCACAGUUAGUACAUGGGGGAAUCACUGAAGGACAGAGGCGAAAACCUCCGGUCCAUACACAUAAUCGUCGUCCGAGUCCUUGGGUACAUUGGUACAAGUAAUGUAACCAACAUAACCGUCAUCGGUUACAUUCGGGCAAAAACUCAUGACGACUCUACUUAGAUCAGGAUCUAAGGUGAAAAUAUACAAGUGUCAGUUAUAAAUAACUAGAAUAAUUUAUAAAUGUAUAAAUUAAAUAACUUUUUUGGAAGAGAGCAGACAUACGCACACACUAAAAAAAGAUACGUCUCAACACAGCUGGCACCCCGAAUGAACUGUACAGGACGUGGUUAAAGCUUUUCUUAUGCAAAACAUUGAAAAGGCAAUUUCUUUUGGUACACAAAUCGGAAGCCAUGCUCCAAAAUGUGGGAAGACCUUGCAGGCCAAGGCAUAUGCUCUCACUGAAGUGUAAAGAACUCUUAAGGGCACUCGUCGAAGCUUUGAGGUGUCUACAGAUACGAAUUAUGUGAGCUGAGCUGUUACGCUACAGCAUGUGGCAUCUUGGUGCACUGCAUGCACUUUGUAUUUUAAAUAAAAUGUGAUCACCAAAAGCGCAAAUGAACCUUGCAUGGCAUCUGCAGUGGUAACUGUAGUGGCACAACUUCACCUGGCAUUAAUUAGUGCAUAGCAGACUCAAUCUCGGCAAACACUGAUAAGAGCCAGCAGGUUGGGGACAAGAUUGGUAACAGAAUGAGAAUGCUAAAUUUUGCACAUGUGCGAAUGUUACCUAUUGCUUCGUUGUAGAAGCAUAGGUGAUUAUUCCAGCUCCUAGUGUCAUUUGAUAUCGAGUUGUAUUGCGUGCUGCUUGAGAAUAGACAUUGACUCUUUUUUGUUGACUGUACUCAUUGUGGAAAAAAAGCCCUAAUAAAGACUUUGGACUUAUUUCAAA